AUGACUGGCUGCAAUUCCUAUCAGCAAGGAUGCUGUAGCGUCCCCAUUGGCCCAGCUACCACCCUCUGCUCCUCUGAUGUAUACUGUCCAUGUGGAGUCUGCCUGCCUAGCACCUGUCCACACAAGAUCAACCUCCUUCAGUCCAGCUUCUGUGACACUUGCCCCCCACCUUGCUGUGUGCCUGACUCCUAUGUGUCAUCGUGUUGGCUGCUCAACAAGGGCUACCCUGCCCCAAACCUGAAAGGAAUCUCUGUUUCCACCUGUGUUGAACCUUGUGAGUGUGACCCCUCUUGCUGCUAA